CAAGACAAAAAUUUAAUCGAAUUUAAUCAUUCUAGAUAAAAUAAAAAAUUUCAUAUUUUUAAUUCCAAAGCUUUAAAGUUAACCCAAAAGAGGCGAAAAUGCCUCGAAAAAGGGAUUCCGAAUUUCGACAAUACGUUGCUGCGAUUAUAGGCUGCUUAACCUCAAUUGGAUAUGGAACUGCAUUAACCUGGACUUCACCAGCGAUUCCUUAUUUAAGGAGUAUAAAUUCAACCCUUCCAGUAACAACAGAACAGAGUGACAGAAUAUCAUCACUAAUAACAAUCGGUUACAUAAUCGGCUACAUUUUAAAUCCCUUUAUAAUAGAAAAAUUAGGAAGAAAAAGAACAUUGAUGCUUUAUAGUAUACCACAAAUUAUUUCUUGGGUUUUAAUAAUAAUAGCAAAAAACCACACUACAAUAUAUAUUGCUCGACUUUUGGGUGGAAUUGGAUACGGUGGAGCGAUUUGUGCAUUAACAAUUUACCUAUCCGAAGUUGGUAGUCCAAAAAUAAGAGGAAUUUUUAUUGUCUUUAUGAAUCUUUCAAUGGGAUUAGGAUUCUUUCUAGUAAUGUUCUUAGGGGCCUUCGUAUCAUACUAUUGUAUGAACUUAGUUCUACUCUCAAUUCCAGCCAUUUUUGUUGCGACCUUUUCCUUUGUGCCAGAUUCUCCCCAUUUUAUGGAAAAAAUUUAUCGAGAGGGGAUAGAAAUGAAAUUGAAAUUAAAUCCCUUAUUGCUAGAAAAUGGGGAGAAAGAAAAAGAGGAAUUUGAAAAAGAGGAGUCUGAAAAAGAGGAGCAUGAAAAAGGGGAGUAUGACAAAGAGGAGCAUGAAGAAGAGGAGCAUGAAAAAGGGGAGCUUGAAACAACCAAAUUUUUUAUUUUUAAAAAAUCAAUGAUAUGGAAAUUAUUAUCUCUGUCACAUAAUCGAAAAGCUUUAUUUAUUGUAAUAAGUAUAGCAGCCAUGGAUUCAUUUUCUGGUCACAUGAUUUUAUGGACUUUUACUCAACAAUUACUAACAUACAAAGGUUCUCUGAUAGACCCUGAAAAGGCUACAUUAAUUUUGACAGUUGUAAAAUUUACUGCAUCUAUUAUUAGUACACAAAUAAUAGAAAAAAUGGGAAGAAGAGUUCUUCUUCUAUCUUCUGGGAUAAUUGGUACCAUUGCUCAUGCACUUGUGGGUGUAUUUUUUUAUUUUGAAGAACGGAAUUUUGAACUUUCUUUUUUUUCUUGGGUGCCCCUUGUGGGAAUGGCAACUUUCGAGUUUGCAUUUGCAGCUGGUUCUGCGAAUCUUUUUUAUCUUUACCAAGCAGAAUUAUUUUCGACUGAUGUUAAAAGCAUGGCUGUGAUGGUUAUCAAAGUUUCUUAUAUGAUUUUUUCGUACUUUUGUCUAUUUCGAUUUCAAGUUUUAUUGGUGGAUAUUGGAAGAUGCACAAUUUUUUGGAUUUUUAGUGUCUUCGCUGGGAUUGGAACUUUUUUUGUUUUUUCUAUGACUCCUGAAACUAGAGGAAAAACUAUUGAUGAGAUCCAGGUGAUUUUAAAGUCCAAGAAGUUCUUUGUUUGA